CCGUCGUCAAGAUUUGGUGGGAACCCAGUUCGCCGUUGUUCCUUGUGGAAAGCCGCCGCUUUGGUUCAUGUUCCUCCACAGUUUUCCACCUCUAUAUAUCUCCAUCUCUCGUUCACCAACUUGCCUAACUUCCUUUUACUUUGGCCCACCGGUUUAGCCUUCCGUUAUCUCCGUAUUUAAUCGUUGUCUCGUAGUUUCUUGAUUUGACGCAGGCCAGAUCGCUUUCUGGCCCUUCGUCUUCCUGGAGGUAGUUCUUGUUGCUGUUGUUGGUCGGAGACAUGGCUGCAGCGAAUGGAGGCCGUGCGGCGCUGUUCAGCGAGGAGGAGCUUCGGGGGGUGAGUGGGGUGCGCAUGGGCGAGAACUUCGUGGAGGUGACGUGCGGAUGCACUAGCCGCCGCUUUGGCGACGCUGGCGGUCGCCUCCGCAUUUACGCCUCCGGGGAACUCGAGAUUAGUUGCGACUGCACGCCCGGCUGCCAUGAAGAAAAGUUGACUCCUUUGGCAUUUGAGAGGCACUCUGCAAGGGAGACUGCAGGAAAGUGGAGGAACACCGUGUGGGUCAUGGUUGAAGGAGAAAAGGUUCCGCUCAGAAAGACAGCUCUGCUCAAGUACUAUGACCUGUCGCACAAAUCUGCCAAAGGAAGUCGUAAUGGACGUCAGUUCCACCGUGAUGAGUUUAUCCGCUGUACAAGAUGUGGCAAGCAGAGGAGAUUUCGUCUCCGAUCCAAAGAAGAGUGUCGUAUUUACCAUGACUGUGUUGCAAAACAUAACUGGACAUGUGCAGAUUUGACAACUAAUAGGAUCACCUGUGAUGACGACGAGGAGCGAGCGACCCGCAUGGAGCUGAAGGGCUGCUCUCGCAACGCAUCCUGCAAUGGUUGCGUGAAGUGUGUCUGCUUCGGAUGCGAGAUCUGCCGCUUCACCGACUGCGGAUGCCAGACCUGCCUCGACUUCUACCGCAACUUGCAGUAGGAUGAUGUGGGCGAACCAUUCGUUCCAUUCAUCCGAUGUCACCUGCCAACCUCAUUCGUUCAAUUCAUCUGAUAUCACCAGCCAACCAUUCAUUCCAUUCAACAGAGCAAUCCUAAUGGGGAGGCUCUUGGUUACCCAGCUUAUUCGGCAUCACCUAGGGCAUGUUAUUAUGAAACAUUGUUCUUUUGGUCCAUGACUGCUGGCUUCCAUUUCCAUAAAACUGCAUGGGGAGCCGUUUUAGCUACAUAGUAUAAUCUGCCAACCGUUACAUUG